ACGGUUCGUCUUAGAAGUCUCAGAGAGAGAGAGAGAUAGUGAGAAGAGAGCGAGAGAGAGAUCACACUCCACUGCAGGAUUCAAUGGAAUUCUUUUGAGUGAUUAUCUCUCUCUUGGGGUUUCGAAUUUUUUGAAGAUCGACGAAAGAGAGGCACACUGGGGGGCAAUGUCGCCUUGAGUAUUAUUGGGUUUAUGAUUCUCAUACUGUAGAGUUAUGGCUGGAUUGGAUGAGAACAACCCAGGAGUGAUUUGUCCCGAAAAUCCUCAAGGGAGCUUGCGUGGAGGAGGAGUGGGGAAGUAUCCAACGGCCACUACUGGACUCAACCGAAGAGCUUUGAGCAACAUCAACAGGAACAUAAUUGGGGCUCCACCUUAUCCUUGUGCAGUCUACAAGAGAGGACUUUCAGAAAGGAAUGCUGCGAUAUGUGAUAAGAACCCACCUAUUCAUGCUCAUCGACCAAUUACUAGGAAGUUUGCUGCCCAGAAGGCAAACAUGCAACAACCGAAACCGGAGGAAAUUAAGAAUUCACUCCUGCCAGAAGUUAGUGCUGUUAUCGAUGUAGAGGACUAUAAGGCAGCUGGUGAUGUACCGAUGUUUGUGCAACAUACAGAAGCAAUGCUGGAAGAAAUUUACCGCAUGGAGGAGGUUGAAAUGGAAGAUGUAGUAGAAGAGCCAGUGAUGGACAUAGACAGUUGUGAUAAGAAGAAUCCACUUGCAGUCGUUGAGUACAUUGACGAUUUAUAUGAUUUUUACAAGAAAGCAGAGGCUUCUGGCUGUGUCUCAUCGAGUUACAUGUUGCAGCAAUUUGACAUAAAUGAGAGAAUGAGAGGUAUUCUCAUUGAUUGGUUAAUAGAGGUGCACUACAAGUUUGAACUAAUGGAGGAGACAUUAUAUCUUACCAUCAAUCUCAUUGAUAGAUUUUUAGCAGUUCAACCUGUUGUGAGGAAGAAACUUCAGCUUGUAGGAGUUACCGCCAUGCUUCUCGCAUGCAAAUAUGAAGAAGUAUCUGUCCCGGUUGUAGAGGAUCUCAUUAUGAUAUCUGACAAGGCUUACAGCAGAAAAGAAGUGCUUGAAAUGGAGAAGUUAAUGAUCAAUACCUUGCAGUUUAAUCUAUCUGUUCCUACUCCAUAUGUGUUUAUGAGGAGGUUUCUGAAAGCCGCCCAAGCAGACAAGAAGCUUGAGCUACUCUCGUUAUUCAUGAUCGAGCUUUGCCUUGUUGAAUACGAAAUGCUCAAGUUUCCACCUUCUUUGUUAGCCGCCGCUGCAAUCUACACAGCUCAGUGUACUCUGAGUGGCUCUAGGCAAUGGAACAAGACCAGUGAGUGGCACACCAACUACUCUGAAGGCCAGCUAUUGGAAUGCUCAAGAAUGAUGGCUACUUACCAUCAAAAUGCAGCAACCGGGAAGCUAACAGGUGUCCACAGGAAGUAUUGCACAUCAAAGUUUGGUUAUGCUGCUAAAAUUCAGCCUGCCAACUUUCUCUUGGAGGAGGCCCAAGCCUAGGAUGGAACACAGACAAAUGUCGGAAACUCACUUUAUCUGGUCGAUGGUGGGGUUGAAGAUGAAAUUGAGCAACUGAAGUUGCAGUGUGUAGCUUUAGGGGAGGUUCAUUGAGUUCAUGAACAUAUGUGCCUGACAAAUCAAAGUUUCAAAACUCACUUUAUCCGGUGGAUGGUGGGGUUGAAGAUGAAAUGGAGCAACUUCAGCUGCCCUGUAUAAAGGCUUAGAAGGUUCAUUGAGUUCAUGAACAUGUGUGCCUGAUGAAUUCAUGAACAAAACUCUCUGCAAGAAUAAAAACACUGUGCUGUAAUGGCAUUACAGUGUUCAUUUGAUUUCCUAUAUUUAUAUAAUACAUACAGAUCAUCUGUUCUUUGCAA